GAUCUCGCUCUCGCGGUGCUUGGUUCGGGAGCUCCUUGGGAGCCGUCUCUGUAGAGGAGCUCGCUCUGUCCGGGCCUGAGGCUCCGCCGCUCGGUUGUUUGGCAGAUCAGAGCAGUAAAGAAGAAGUCUCCUCCAAAGCUGGGCUCCUAUGGAAGAAUCAUCCCAGGAAAAACUCACAAAUGAUGGUCCUUGUGAGUCUAAAUUGAGUGAAACCUGGGAAUAUGAAGCCAGGUUAGAGGAGGAGCAGAGUGAUGAGGAGAAAACCCAGCAUGUAAAAAUCAUCCAAAGGAAAGCCCCUAGGAAAUUGAGAAGCCAUGAAUUUAAUAAAUGUGGUCGCCUCUUUGGUGUAGGACCAAUUCUUUUUCCACAACAGAGAGUACCCAUAGGAAAGAAUCUUCCUAAAUAUGAUACACAUAGAAAGAGCUUCAGACUGUAUUCAGACCUAAGAAAAUACAAUAAGAUUUCCUCAAAGAAGAUAUUUUCUAAGUAUAAUGAAAGUGGGAAAUCCUUCAGUUAUCACUCAGACCUAAUUGAAUAUCAUAGGCUACAUACUGGAAAGAAACCUUAUGAAUGUGGGAAGGCCACAUUAUGGAGAACACAGCUUAUUCAACAACAGAGAAUUCAUACUGUAGAGAAACCUUAUGCAUGUAUUGAAUGUGGGAAGGCCUUCUGCAAGAGGACACAACUUACUCAACAUUUCAGAAUACAUACUGGAGAAAAACCUUAUGAAUGUAUUGAAUGUGGGAAGACUUUCCGACAGAGUGCACACCUUACUCGCCAUCAGAGAAUUCAUACUGGAGAGAAACCCUAUACAUGUAAUCUAUGUGGGAAAGCCUUCAACCACAGCUCUUCCCUUGCUUCCCAUCAGAGAAUUCAUACUGGAGAGAAACCUUAUGGAUGUGAUCAGUGUGGGAAAGCUUUCAAUCACAGUUCUUCUCUUGCUUCUCAUCAGAGAAUUCAUACGGGAGAGAAACCUUACGAGUGUAAUGAAUGUGGGAAAGCCUUCCGCCAGAGCACAGAACUUACUAGACAUCAAAAAAUUCAUACUGGAGAAAAACAUGAAUGUACCGAAUGUGGGAAGGCUUUCCACCAAAGUUCACACCUUACUCGACAUCUGAGAAUUCAUACUGGAGAGAAACCUUAUAAAUGUAAUGAAUGUGGGAAGACCUUCAAUUAUAGUUCCUCCCUUGCUUCUCAUCAUAGAACUCAUACUGGAGAAAAACCUUAUGGAUGUAUUGAAUGUGGAAAAGCCUUUGGUAAAAGGACACAGCUUAUUCAGCAUUGGAGAAUUCAUACUGGAGAGAAACCUUAUGACUGUAAUGAAUGUGGAAAGGCCUUCCGUCAGAGCUCACAGCUUACUCGACAUCAGAAAAUUCAUACAGGAGAAAAACCAUUUGAAUGUGAUGAAUGUGGGAGAGCCUUCCGCCAGAGAUCACAGCUUACUUACCAUCAGAGAAUUCAUACUGGAGAAAAACCUUAUGAAUGUAAUGAAUGUGGUAAGGCCUUUUGUCAGAGCACUGAACUUACCCAACAUCAUAGAAUUCAUACUAGUGAGAAACCUUUUGAAUGUCAUGAAUGUGGUAUGGCCUUUCGCCUGAGUACUGGACUUACUCGCCAUCAAAAAAUCCAUACUGGAGAGAAACCUUAUGAAUGUAGUGAAUGUGGAAAGGCCUUCUGUCAGAGAGCAGAACUUACCGUACAUCAUAGAAUUCAUACAGGAGAGAAACCAUAUGUGUGUAAUGAAUGUGGGAUGGCCUUUCGACAGAGCUCACAACUGACUCCACAUCUCAGAAUUCAUACAGGAGAGAAACCUUAUAAAUGUAAUGAAUGUGGAAAAGCUUUCAAUCGCAAUUCAUCCCUUGUUUCCCAUCACAGAAUUCAUACUGGAGAGAAACCUUAUGAAUGCAAUAAAUGUGGGAAGGCCUUCCGCCGGAGUACUGGACUUACUCGACAUCAGAGACUUCAUAUUACAGAUAAAUCUUAUGAAUGUAAUGAUUAAGGGAAGGUUUUCCUCCAAAACAGGUAUCUUAACAUCAGUUCAUUAGUGAAGUGAAAAGUCUUUUAAAUGUUUUGAUCCUUAAAAAAAAAUGUACUACAUUUUGACACAAGACAUAUUGCAACAAACGUCCUCCAGAAAGUUUUUUGCUUUUGUUAACAGAAAGAAUGGUUGUAACAUUGACCAUUGUAUUUGACUAGAGUUUUGUUGCUUCAUAAUGCUGACUUUAUUAACAUUGUUGUAGUCAUUGUGUAUGUUGUGUUUUGGCUCUGCUUUCAUUACUUUGCAGUACUUUCCCUGUGGUUCUUUGAAUUUUUUAUUCUUCCUUACAGCACAGUAAUAUGUAAUUACAUUCAUAUACCCCAAAUUGUUCAGUUAUUCUUUGCUUGUUGAGUACAUACUUUGCUUCCAGAUUUUUGUUAUGCAUCAUGAUGUUAUGAAUAUUCUUUGAGCAUCUGGGUCUUUUGGUUUUUGUUAAUGCCCUAUUUGGGGUAUAGACCCAGGAGUGGAAUCUCAGGGUCAGAGGGUACGAACAGUUUAGUAACUUUUCUUUUAUAGUUUUCUAUUCCUGUUUGAUUGAAUCAUUUUAUAGCUUGAUUAGAAGUGAUUUGAUCAGUUUGCUUUCCCAAAUCCUUUCCAACUCUGUGUUUCCCAUAUUUUGGGAUUGAGGUGAUUCAUCAAGGUUAUUUUAAUUUUAAUAUUUCUGAGUACUGAUUUCUGAGUGUUGUUGGAUAUUUUUCAGGUGAAUUUUGUUUAACUAUAUCAUCUUUUGAAAACUGUUCCUAUCCUUUGAUCAUUUGCUUAUUUCAGAGUAACUCUUGAUCUCAUAUUUGUAUUCCUUUUUGUUUUUGGAUGCAAACUUUUAUUAGAUAUAUUUAAAGAGAAUAUUUUUUCUUGCAGUGUUUAUCUUCUGAUUCUAGAUGCAUUGAGUUUAUUUGUGCAAAGGUGUCUGUGUUUGGUUUUUAUUUUGUCAUUUGAUUGAAAAUGUUGUGUUUUAUUAACUAUCCCAUAACUGGUUACAGAUGUUUCCCAUUAUACUUAGUUAUGAAAGAGAAUCUUCUGUUCUCUCUUGGUUUUGUUUGCUUUUUGUUAUUUUUUUUAAUAGUGUUUUGUUUUUUAUAUUGUUAGUUGAGCCAUUUGGAAUAUAGUGUGGUAUAUGCUGUAAGAUGUUUAUCUAAACUUACUUUUUGCUAGACUUUAUAGUUUUUCCAGUAGCUCUUACUCUAAAUAAAGAGUCCCUACUGCUGUA